AUGGCUGUCGGCACAGACGAUGUUUACAAGCUUGACCUCAAUGAAAUCAUUGCCUUUCCCGACUCUGCGCACGUCCCUGUCCUCCCCCCGCAACCCGGAGAGAGCUGGAUCAUUCUCGCUGAGAUAAUACAAGAUGUUUCGGCAUUUCGGCCUGUCUUUCUCACCCGCGAUAAGAUUGGCUCCGAGUUUAUCGUGGCCUUCUACACUGACAACCCGAUGGGAGAUGUGGAAGCCAUGAAGUGCAGAGUCGGGCACGUCAUGUGCAUUCGCAAUGGGAUGCGCCAUAGAUUCUUCGAUGGCCAGAGCGGUUAUCGCAUUGAAGACCCCACCACAACCUUCAUGUUGCCGUGUUCGAUGGCACAACUUCAGCAAAUCAACUCGCGUUUGCGGCAAAUCAAUGACGACGGAGAGAUGGGAAAGUGCAUUGCGUGCAAGAAGCAGGCUGAAUUGAGGUGCAAGAAGUGUCAAGUCAGGUAUUGUGGACAGUCAUGUCAAGCCAAGGAUUGGAAGGACGGGGGCCACAGGAAAGAAUGUGCCAUCAUUGCUACGCUGCGACUUUGGAAUCGUACUGACUGGGGCUAA